UCAGGGAGAGGCGCGGCCUAGUGGCUUGACAAGGCCCCAGCGGCGUCAAAAUGGCGCUGAGGCCGGGCCUGGGAGCCUCGGGAGCCGCCGCUGCCUCCUCCAACGCCGCAGCCACCGGAGCAGCAGGAGGAGGAGGAGGGAGCCCCUCGGGAGCCGCCGGCUUCAUGUUUCCCGGUCUUGGACCUCAAGGUAUGCUUCCCAUGCCACAGCAAGGCUUCCCGGUGGUUUCUGUCAUGCAGCCCAGUAUGCCAGGCAUGAUGGGGAUUAACUACAGCGCCCAGAUGCCUCCUGGAACUAUGGCCAUGCAGGGUGGCAUGCCUCUGGGUCACAUGGCAGCGGCUGGGAUGCCAUUCAUGGGGCAGGCUUCCUUCCUAGGAAUGCGCCCGGCGGCUCCUCAGUACACCCAAGACAUGCGGAAGCAGUUUGUGGAAGAGCAGCAGAAACGAUUUGAACACCAGCAAAAGUUCCUGGAAGAGGAAAGGAAAAGGCGCCAGUUUGAAGAGCAGAAACAAAAGCUGCGACUCUUAAGCAGCGUGAAACCAAAGGCGGGAGAGAAGAGCAGGGAUGAUGCGCUGGAGGCCAUUAAAGGGAACCUGGAUGGGUUUUCCAGAGACGCAAAGCUCCACCCGACGCCGACAUCGCAUCCGAAAAAUGCAGAUCAUUCCACACCAUCCCAUUCUACCGUGUCUGUCUCCCAAACCUCUACCUUUCUUGACGACGAGGAGUUUAGUGACUUUAUGCAGGGACCCGUUGCCACCCCAACCUUCGUGCCUCCAACCUCUUCCCAGCCUUUUCAGUCUUGCCAUCCUCCUUCCCAGGCUGGGCAACGGCUUUCAGAGAAGGCUGUGGCCCAGACUCUCCCCGCCGUCCAGCUUCCAGUGCCCUCCAUCCUUCAUGGCACCACUGGGCAGGUCCCUUAUCUCUCUGCUUCUCCAGCUUCACAAAACACUCAGAAAACAGGCCCUUCCUUGGAAGAGAAGCCCCUGCCACCGGCCGGGUUGAGCGAAUCUGAGCAGGCUCAGCUCAAAGCUAAAGCGCCGGGAGUUGAGCUCAGUGUCACGGCUGUAAGCGGCACUGAUCCCGGUUUAGCAGCCAAGUCUGUAGGGGUUCUCCCCCUUGGCACUCCAUGUCCAGAGGCAAGCAAGGCUUCAGAACAAAACCUGUCAGUUGAGGAGUGUGGUGUCGGCGUGUUUCCUCCACAAGAUCCUAUCCAGCAAAUGAUGCCCCCGUGGAUUUACAACGACAGCUUAGUCCCAGAUCUAUACAAGAAAAUUCUAGAAACAACUAUGACCUCUUCUGGGAUCGACACUGGCAAAUUGUAUCCCAUUCUCAUGUCAUCUGGGCUUCCCAGAGAGACCCUCGGACAAAUAUGGGCCUUAGCCAAUCGCACAACUCCAGGGAAGCUGACGAAAGAAGAACUGUAUACUGUCCUGGCUAUGAUAGCAGUAACCCAGAGAGGCGUUCCAGGCAUGAGCCCUGACGCUUUACACCAGUUUCCUUCUGCCCCAAUCCCUACGCUAAGUGGGCUUCCGAUGGCCAUCCCUGUCACCAUGAGCCAGCAGCCUCUGAUGCCAUCCGUAACGCCAGUUUCCAUGCCUCUUAACAUGGGGCCAGCGGUUGUGGGGAUUGGCAUGGCCGCACCGGUGGCCGCAGCGUCGACCCAGACUUCCAGUACAUUCAUGCAAUCUUACACUGCAAACCAGGCAGCCAAACAAGAGGAUGAUGACUUCCAGGAUUUCCAAGAUGCUUCUAAGUCAGGAGGGCUGGACGAUACCUUUCCAGAUUUCCAGGGAGAGGUGUCUGGAUCAAGCAAGGCGACUGCAGCCCAGCAUCAGAGCAGUGCCCCUUCGAUGCUGAUACCCGUCUCAGGCGCGAAAAAAACGCCGUCUGCUGUGGACAAAUACGCAGCGUUUAAAGGGAUUUCCGCCGACAAGCCUGCGGACGUCCCGGCUUCCCUCGGAGGCGCCGUAGACGGCGGAGACAAGUACAGUGCUUUUCGAGAACUGGAACCGCCGUCCGAGAGUAAAUCCGUAGGAGACAGCUUUGCCGAGUUCAAGUCCGCCGGAACGGAUGACGGCUUCACAGAUUUCAAAACCGCCGACAGCAUCUCGCCACUAGACCCUCCGACGAAAGAUAAGUCUUUCCCCCCGCCUUUCUCUUUGCCUACACAGUUGAAGCAACAACCGCAAGCAAAGCCUUCUCUGAAUUUGGCCGACUUGGAUCUGUUUUCCUCAGCCUCUGUUGGGGAGAACAGACCCCCGCCCUUCCCGGCCACCUAUAAUGCCACCAAACAGGCCUCUUUCCCACCACCGCCAGCAUCAGCCGCCACCCCGACUCUGACAGCACCCAGCAACAGCUCAGUCUUGGCUGAUGACUUUGCUGACUUCAACCUCUUUGGAGGGUUGUCCAGUUGUACCUCCGCCACGACUCAAGACGAGUUUGCAGACUUCAUGGCUUUCAACAACAGUACCAAUGCUCCGGAGCAACCGCCAGGGGAUAAAUACAACACCCCCAAGGCAGAGGCCAGCGCUGCUCCUCCAGCCGGUGCCUCCUUGGUCAGUGUUGCGAAGGGCGGGCAGAGUUCAGCUCCCGCUUCUACCAAGUACGACAUCUUCAAACAGCUGUCUCUGGACGGCGCCACUUUAGGCUUUGAAGAACUGAAAGAUCACACCCCUUCGUCCGCGAAGAGCGAGGACGACUUUGCCGACUUCCAUUCCAACAAGUUCUCUUCCGGUUCGGAAAAAUCCCUGGUGGACAAACUGGCCGCUUUCAAGCACGCCAAAGAGGACUCUGCCUCCGUCAAGUCUCUGGACCUCCCCUCCAUCGGAGGCAGCAGCGUGGGCAAAGAAGACUCUGAAGAUGCCCUCUCUGUCCAGUUUGACAUGAAACUGGCAGAUGUGGGAGGAGACCUUAAGCAUGUCAUGUCUGAUAGCUCUUUGGAUUUGCCAACGGUUAGCGGCCAGCAUCCUCCAGCAGCAGAUCUCGAUGACAUGAAGUACGCUCCCUUUGGAAGCUACAACAACGGCUCUGCCCUGAGUAGCUUCCCGAGCUUUGACUGGUCUGACAAAGAAGACACCUUCCAGAGCAAGAAGUCCACCUCCGUCCCCCUUCCACCGGGAGCUGGGUCUUCCUUGGCUACCUCGGUCCUCCAGAAGAAAGAGACCUUCUUUGGCAGCUCCGAAAACAUCACCAUGAUGACCGUUUCCAAAGUCACCACCUUUGCGAGCGAGGAUGCCCUUCAGGACGCCAAGUUCUCCCCCUUUGCGCACUUCAAAGACGCCGACCGCCGCUCGGUGGACCAAAGCGACGAAGACGUGGAGGACUUUGGGGCGUUUGCAAAGCCUCUGGGGCAGGUCCGCGAGAGCCCGGCUCCAGGCGCGAACCAAGAGGCCAGCUCCAAAGAAGGCACUGACGAUUUUGGCGAGUUUCAAAGCGAAAAGCCAAAGAUCAGCAAAUUUGACUUCUUGCUGGCGACGUCCCAAGGCAAGAUGAAGUCUAGCGAAGAAAUGAUCCAAAGCGAGCUUGCGACUUUUGAUCUCUCUGUUCAAGGAUCUCACAAGAGAAGCUUGAGUUUGGGCGACAGAGAGAUAAGCCACUCCUCGCCUUUGCCGUCCGUGGAGCAGCCGUUUCGAGACCGGUCAAAUACUCUAAGCGAAAAACCCACUCUGCCUGUUAUCAGAGACAAAUACAAAGAUCUUACAGGAGAGGUAGAGGAAAGCGAGCGGUAUGCCUACGAAUGGCAGAGGUGCCUGGAAAGUGCCCUUCAAGUCAUCAAGAAGGCGAACGACACCCUGAAUGGUAUCAGCAGUUCAUCUGUAUGCACAGAAGUAAUCCAGUCUGCCCAAGGCAUGGAAUAUUUAUUAGGGGUCGUCGAGGUCUAUCGGGUCACCAAACGGAUCGAACUGGGGAUCAAAGCAACCGCCGUCUGCAGUGAGACCCUCCAGCUGCUGCUGAAGGACAUCGAUAAAGUCUGGAACAACCUGAUCAGCUUCAUGUCACUCGCCGCACUGACGCCUGAUGAAAACUCGCUGGAUUUCUCCUCUUGUAUGCUUCGCCCCGGGAUUAAAAAUGCCCAAGACCUGGCCUGUGGCGUGUGUCUCUUGAAUGUAAACUCUAGAAGCAAAAAAGAAGAGAAGCCUGCGGAUGACCGUCCUAGAGAAGCCUUCAACUCGGAAACGGACAAUUUCAAACUCGCGUACGGCGGCCAUCAGUACCAUGCGAGCUGCGCCAACUUCUGGAUCAACUGCGUGGAGCCCAAACCCCCGGGCCUCAUUUUGCCCGAUCUCCUUUGAGGGGACGUCUCCCGACUUUGCCUUGGCCCCAAGAGGGGAGAAACGACACACACGGGACAGAGGCAGGGGUUGGGGUAGCGACCCAGUAAAUGUGAACAUGGUUCUGAGCUUGUGGUUAGAAUAUUUGUAAGGUGUUUGUCUCAGGCUGGCCGUUCUCAUGCGAAAGAUUGCAAGCCUGGUUGGAAGAUGUGGCAAAGGUUUGGAAACACCCGCUGGUGUUGGGGAACUUGUAUUUGUCUAGUGCUCUUUCAGGUCUAGCAAAUUGUGGUUCCUUUUGUGCGGGAAGGGUCCAAAAGCCUCCCUCCUCCCACGCUUCAGGGAUAACCUCUGUUCCAAAACGCAUUUUCAAAACCAAAGUGAGUUGGGUUUGGUUUUGACUAUUAGUGGGUGACUUUACAAAAGGUCUCAAUGUGUCACUUCUGAAGCCCAUUUCUACGCCUUGGUCUUUUAAUACCAACUGAACUGUAACGGCUGUCCAUUUGUGUCUCUCUCCUCUAACGUCGAACGGUUGGAGGGUUUUUCCGAGGAUGCUGUUAGACUUCCCCAGCCCUCUUGCAAAACUACUGUGUAGGCCAAGCAAGGUCCCUGGCACUUUAAAAUCAGUUACCCUUUUACUGUAAUCCCGACUUGUCCCUAGAAAUGUAGCGUCUGUGUUUUUAAAAAAUAAGGUGUCCAAGUUUAAAGGUGGAAUAAAACUCAAAGAGAUCAAUUUGUAUAUAGGAGAUGGAAAGGUUUUGUGUGAAGCUGUGUGUUUCUCCUGAUAAAGGGCAUUACCACUAAUAGGUGGCUCAUGACGUUGGCAAAGGUUUGCCAGCCGAAACGGGGCUUUUGUGGCCACCCGGAUAUUGUCGGCCUCCCGGUUGCCAUCCUCGCUCUCACAAACGCUUGGGGACGGCUGGGAUUUUAAUCCAGAACACCCCUUUAGCUCCGCUAUUGAUUUUGAACAGUUGCUUCUCAAAUGCAUGCCGUUUGGUACCUUGACUCCUCUUGCGAACAAACCGUUUGUAAUGUGUUGUUGCUUAGAUAGAGCGGCGAUCAAAGCUGCAGCGAUGCAGCGGAACAGAACAGGCUGCUCUUCUUUCCUUCCUUUGAAAUGAAAUAGGUCUUUUACUUUGGGGUUAAUGAAGCAAGAGGCCUGAUGAUAGCCUCUGUGUGGCUAGCGUUUUCCCAUCUCCUACAUGUUGUACUUUGGGGUUGACCAUCAUCACAGUUGUUUUCCUGUUGGAAUGAACUCACCUUUUUGGAAGAACUUGGCCUCUGAGUUGAUGUUUUCUCUCUGCUUUUUGGACUCUGGUGCCUGUCCAUGGGCCAACUGCAAAGCGAUGCCAGACACAGUUAAUUUGGCAUCGCUUUGCAGUCGGCAACCUAAUCCUACCCCCAAACCACCAAGUGUCUGUAUGGCUAGUCUUUUCCCAUCCCCUACAUGUUGUACUUUGGGGUCGACCCACAGUUGCUUUCCUGUUGGACCAUAGGCAGCUGCCUUGAGCAUUUGUUGCAUGUGGUAUUCAAAGGUUUAUUUCCACAUCUCCAUGUGCCUAUGCUGAGGACCAGCUCAAAUAAAAAAGGUAGAUUGCUAAAUAAAGAGGUAGUUUCUUGCAGGAAAGGAAGAAGGAAGGGGAGGAAUAAAAAAGGAAUGUGGCAGCAUCUUUAUGAUUUAAGGUUUAGGUACAAAUAACCUUGCACUGACUCCAAGGACCAUUCUUCUCUGUAGCUGAUGCUUCGCUGCACCCCUCAAUGGAAGAAGGAUGACCGUGUGAAUAUCAUACAGAUACCUGGAAUUUGGGGCCUUGGUACAGAGGCCAUGGGUCGAUCGUGUGUUGCAGACACAUAACACCUUGUGCAUUGUAUAAAUACUUAGGGUAUUUAGGCCAAAGAGGCGAAGGCAGGGCUUUUUAUUGAUGGUCUGUGUAAGAAUAUGGGCACUUUUCACAAACCUCCGUGCCAGGAGUCACCGAAAGCUUGAGCAGAGACUGACUACAAGCCUUGGACAUUUCUGGCAGGCAAGCUAUUUGUUGCAAGAAGCCUUUGAUGGUUUGAACUCACGUUUGCUCUGAAUUGUGCCUUUUAGGCUCUAUAGAGAGAGAAGGGAAAGGGGAGCUGGAGUCUAGUGACUUAUGCGCUUCUUAUGCUGCGACUGCAUUAAGACCAGUGAUAGAUGACAGGUGUCUGUUACUAACAGCAUUAUGGAGAAGAAACGUUAAAAUCAACCUAUCUGUUCUUGUGACCUGAACCAUGUCAGCUCCUUUUUAGUUCGGUCGGAUCGGAGGAUGCGAAGCAGGGAAGCUUGUUCUGCAAAUGCAACCGGUUCGGAAGAUGCGGCGCCGCGUUCCCCCGUCUCUUCCGCUUUUGUUCUCUUAGCCGAGAAGGACCUUGGUGUCCUUGGAAACAGUAUCCAGGGUUACAGUAUUUCCCCAAAUGUGGUUGUGUUGUGUUCGGUUCUGCUGCUUCUUUUCUUUUUUGGUGGGUGGGAGGCUUUUCUUUUCCUUAGAUGGCCUUUUAGUUGGACCUGUUUGACCUUUGGUUAUUUGCUUAAAACACACGUACAUCCUUCAGCGAUACAAUCCUUUAUCGGUUUUGCAGUGGUGCUUUGUGUUGGUUUUGUUUGCCGACGUGAACCGGCGCUGGAGCGCUGUACCUCCUAAACACUUGAUGGCAAAGGCAAAAGGAAAGGCAAUUGCCUCCAUAGCCAUCUUCAGAAGCUUCUUAGGGACUCUGAAGAUGGCUGAAGAUGGGGUCCUGGACAAGAGUUAUCGCAAUGUAAUCCAACUGGCUUUUUACAUUCUUGUUUUCAAAGCUGAAGAGUGUACAGUACACUCUGGUGGUCAUUCAACCUAAGCGCCUCUCCUCUUGCAUAUCUAUGGGAUAGUUGUAGCUCGGUGCGCAUUGUCAUUGUGUACCUUCAAGCCGUUUCUGACUUAUCCGAACACUAACCUGUCAGGGGGUUUCCUUGGACAGAUUUGUUCAAAGGGAGUUUGCUUUUGACCUCUGAGACUGAGAGAGUGCGCCUUGCCCAAAGUGUCCCAUUUGUUUCCAAUGUCCGAGGUUCGAACCCUGGUCUCCAGAGUUGUGAUCCAUGGGAGUAGGAAGGGUACAAGGGAACGGAGAGGGAAGGACACCAGGGAUAUGUCAAGAAAGAGCUUGGAUACAAAACUGUGAAUGCGCAGGUACGAUACAAAACAACUGGAAAGUCUCACUAAACCCCCCCGAAAUCUCCAAAAUUUCCCUGGAUCCUGACUGGUUUAUACAGUGAUGUGUCUUGAUUUGCAAACACAAUAAAAUGGAUACCGUGCAUCCACAAA